AAAAAUCCAACAUGCAGUCACACCCACACACUUGGAAACAAGCUCUGCCAAACCCUUCUCUUUUUCUUCUUUUUUCACUGUUUGCCACAUCUUCAACAUUCUGAUCAAACUCCCCUUGAAUGAAGCUUCCUCAAUCAACUUCCAAGAAGACCCACAAGUCAGACAAUGACCAGACUUGAGGCCCUCAAUGAGGGAAAGUGAGAAACUUCUCUGCUUCCACCUGGAGCACCUUUGGUUUUACUUUUAUUUUGCCCUGCACCACACGACACUAUUCAUUUGAAUAUUUUGUUAUCCAUGUGGAUCUAAGUUGGAUGAGUUGAAAAGUCAGAGAGGUCGGCUUCCCCUUUUAUAUAAGAGACUUUGCAUGGAGCAAUUUUCAUUCACUUCUCUCCGAUCCAAUCAGCCUUACAAAAUCAAUUAGUUUAGUUAAUCUUCAGCCAUGGCCUUUGAGAGCAGCUUAGCAGACAUGGUGUUGAAGGUGGGCAUGUUUGUUCUUGUCCAAGCUUUGGUUUAUCUGAUCCUUUCCAAGUCUUCCAACAUCUUCUCCAAGAACCCGAAGAGAUCUCACAGUUUCAAACCAGCCCGGUCUGUCAGUAUUCGUCGAGUUCUUGCUUGUCUUGCUGACCUACCCCCUGGAGGCGAACUCUCUCCUUCUCCUUCUCCAAAGGGCCCUCAGUUGCUUCCCCCACAAAAUUCAGCAACUGACCCUCAGACUCCCACAUCUUAAGAGACUUCCAUGCAUGGAUUUGUAGCAGAGCAGAAGAUUGCUGAUGGCUUGGCUUCUUGUGAUAGAUUUUAGGCGUGACUUGAAUUUGAUAUUUAUCUGAAUUUAAGCUAUUCUUUUGUUUUGUAAAUUUGGUAGUCAAUCUAAAUACCAUAUUAUAGUUUUGAAAAUUUUACUUAUUAAGACUAGUUGUAUGCUUUAAGGUAGUUGAAUUUCAAUGAUCCUUUUGAUGUUUUGGGGAAACCACCCAUAUCCAGCCUCUGUAUUCCCUUGUGCUUUGUAAUGGUAAACAUUCACAAUCUUGUGGAACCCAUGUACUGUGAUUUGGUGCUUGGUCACUGGAGCUGUUUUCUUAACAGUCCUCAUAUGAGAUGAAACCUCUUCCAAAUCA